UCCGUGACGUCAUCGUGCUGCGACCGCGGUCUCUGUUUCCCCUGGAGAAGAACCUCUGGGUACUUGCGACUGUGACUGUCUGUGGUUUCUCUACCUGCGGCCUCGCAGGUGUCAGCUGACAGCGUAAGGCGCCGGGCGGGUCCGGCUGCAGCAGCCAGGCUUUGAUGCUGAGCUCUGGUAGGAGGAGGUUGUUCUCAGCUCUGCUACAAGUUCAGAAGAGGCCUUGUCAACCCUCUAGAGACAUGAGACUGAUACAGUUCCACACACCCCACCUGGAGGAGCCCCACCUGGGCCUGGAGUCAGGGAUUGGUGGGGGAGUUGUAGACCUAAACACUUUUGACCCCACACUCCCCAAGACAAUGAUGCAGUUCUUGGAGCAGGGAGAGACUACCCUCUCAGUGGCAAGAAGAGCCCUGGCUGCCCAGCUGCCAAUCCUCCCUCGGUCGCAGGUGACCUUCCUGGCCCCUGUCACCCGGCCAGACAAGGUGGUAUGUGUGGGCAUGAAUUAUGCAGACCACUGCAAAGAACAGAAUGUGCGGGUGCCCAAGGAGCCCAUCAUCUUCAGCAAGUUCUCCAGUUCUAUUGUCGGGCCUUAUGAUGAGAUCAUCCUCCCACCAGAGAGCGAGGAGGUGGACUGGGAGGUGGAACUGGCCGUGAUCAUUGGCAAGAAAGGCAAGCACAUCAAGGCCACAGAUGCCAUGGCUCAUGUGGCUGGUUUCACUGUGGCUCAUGAUGUGAGUGCUCGGGACUGGCAGAUGAGACGCAAUGGAAAGCAGUGGUUACUGGGAAAAACCUUCGAUACUUUCUGCCCCCUAGGCCCUGCCUUGGUUACCAGGGACAGCAUAGCAGAUCCACACAAUUUAAAGAUCUGCUGUCGAGUGAAUGGAGAGGAAGUCCAGAGCAGCAACACCAACCAGAUGGUGUUCAAGACUGAAGACCUGAUAGCCUGGGUUUCCCGGUUUGUCACUCUUUACCCGGGGGACAUCAUCCUGACUGGGACUCCUCCAGGUGUUGGUGUGUUCAGGAAGCCUCCUGUCUUUCUCAAGAAGGGUGAUGAAGUCCAGUGUGAGAUUGAAGAAAUUGGUGUCAUCGUCAACAAGGUGGUGUGAUUGCAUUCCUGUAAGCACUGGACUUGAGACAAGGUGGGACUUUCACUCCCAUAAAGCUCACUGCUGGCCCUGCCCACUUGAGGUGCUCUUAGGUAGGCCUUGGAAAUAAAUUUUCUCUGAGUUGCA